AUGAUUAUCAUCAAAGAAAGUAGUGGCAAGAAGAACAAGAAAGGAAAAGAUGAGGAAGAUGAAGACAGUGUUAUGAUUGUUGAUGACAGUGACUUAAGUGAUAGAGAGAAAGAAAAAGAAAAGAAAAAAGAAAAGAAGUCUGGAUCCAAAAGGAAAAAGAUAUCAAGUAACAGUGAGGAGGAGGAGGAAAUUAUAGUAAAAAAGAGCAAGAAAAGUCGGGAAUCGAAGGCAAAGAAAACCCAUGUGAUUGAAUCAGAAUCUGAUGAAGAUAUUGCAGUUAAACCUAAACAUGAAGGCAGAGGACGUAAAAAGCACAAGAAACAACCUGUGACACUUGACUCAGAUUCAGAUGAUGAGAGUAGAGACAGGAGCCCAGAUGUUGAUCCCAUCAAGGCCGCAUUUCAACGACAGGCCCAGAAAGCUCCGACACCAAAGAAAAGUACUCCAACAAAAUCAACAGAGGAGAAGAAAAAACAAAUCAGUGUUUCAGAUUUCUUUGGAGGGGGCAGUGUCAAGAAAUCUGAGAGGAAAACGGCUGCGUUGAAGAGAAAAGCUCCUGAUGGGGACACCCCCAGUAUGGACAAGGAAGAGCACGAUGACGUAGACUUCCAAAGGACACUUGAAUUACUAGAUGAACAACAGGCUAAGAAGACAAAAAUAGAAAGCACAAAGGUCACGCCAAGCAAAUCUAGUCAGUCAAGAAGACAUGACAGCACGCCAUCUAAAUCAAUAACAGUGGCAGAAACACCUGUCAGAGAGUCUCCUCGGAGAAGUUCCAGAACUACAACACCCCAGAAAGAAGAAUCUAGGUCAAGUUCAAGGACACCUCGCAAAGAAGAAUCCAGGUCAAGUUCAAAGACCCCUCAGAAACAAACAUUGACAUCAGAUCAAACACCGCAGAAAAGUAGGUCGUCUUCUAAAGGGAGGUCUCGCAGUGAGGUCAGCGUUGUUGAAGAGACACCAGAGAGGUCAUCACCAAGGACACGUUCAAGGUCAAGGUCAUGUACUCCAGCUAAAUCGGACACAUCUAGUGAGCCAAGUGUUCGACAGUCACCUAGAAGGAAAGAAAAUGAAUGUAAAACUGAGGGUUCAUCCUUGGCCAAGAAACUAGCUGCCAAAGCUAGGUCAAGGGAACUCUUGAACACCAAAGAAGAAGAAGAAAAGGAAUUAAAGAAAUCAACACCUCAGAAGAAAACCCCAUCAAAAGCCAAAACCCCAGUGAAAGCUACUCCAGAAAAAACUGAGUCCAGUCCCGGUACUCCUGCCACUCUGGAGAGAAAGGGCAGCAGUUAUAAAAGUUACCUGACCAGGGCUGGCCCCAGCAGUCUGGGGGCUAAGGAAGUACCUGAGGGUGGUGACAACUGUCUGGAGGGGUUGACAUUUGUCAUCACAGGUGUCCUGGAGUCGUUUGAACGGGAUGACAUGAAGAGCGCCAUAGAGAAGUAUGGCGGCAAGGUGACGGGGAGCAUCAGUAAGAGGACAAGUUAUGUGGUGGUGGGGAGAGACGCAGGGGAAAGCAAGCUGUCUAAGGCAAGGCAGUUAGGCACCAAGCAGCUGGAUGAAGAUGGUGUUCUGGAUUUAAUCAAAACUCUUCCUGGAAAGAAGUCCAAAUACACCGUGGCCGCAGAGAAGAUGGUCAGAGAGGAUUCUUUAAGCAAAUCAGCAGUUAAUGAAGCUUCAGGGAAAAAGGCAUCUCUCAAAAAAGAAGCCUCUGUUACCACACCAGGAAAAGCCAGCCAUUCAGAGUCCACCCCUACAAAACCUGGCCAAUCGGAAGCCAAAAUUGGUGUUGACAAACCAGGGGAAAGCUUACUUUGGGUUGAUAAGUACAAACCUACAAGUAUGAAGCAGCUGAUUGGUCAACAAGGAGACAAGAGUAAUGCUAAGAAGUUGUUUCAUUGGUUGAAUAAUUGGCACAAGAAUAUUGCCAGUGGGAAAAAGCCAGUAUUCAGUCGUUUUGACUCAGAUGGUGCUGGGUACAGAGCAGCGUUGUUAUCAGGGCCGCCAGGAGUGGGGAAGACCUCAGCAGCCACUGUUGUAUGCCAGGAGGCAGGUUUCUCAUACAUAGAACUGAAUGCGUCUGACACCAGGAACAAGAAGAGUCUGGAGCAGGAGGUGGCCGAGGCACUUAGUAACCACACUUUGGUUGAUUUCUUUGGCAGUGGUCAGAGCAGUUCCAGUGGUCAGAAGCACUGCCUGAUUAUGGACGAGGUAGACGGGAUGGCCGGCAAUGAGGACAGGGGAGGAGUACAGGAACUGGUUCAGCUGCUGAAGAAGACCAAGAUUCCUAUAAUAUGUAUGUGCAAUGACAGGAAUCACCCCAAGAUUAGGACCCUAGCCAAUUACUGCUUUGACUUAAGAUUUUAUAAACCAAGAUUGGAACAGAUUAAGGGUCCCAUGCUGUCCCUUUGCUUCAAGGAGAAGAUAAAAGUGCCACCUCCUGCAUUGAAUGAGAUCAUAGCUGGCGCAAACCACGAUAUCAGACAGAUAAUUCACAAUCUGGCCAUGUGGAGUGCCAGUGACAAGAGCCUAACAUAUGAGCAAGCAAAAUCUGAUGCCAACCAAGCCAAGAAAGACAUGAAGAUUGGUCCAUUUGACAUCUGCCGUAAGGUGUUGGUGGGAGGAGCGGAGACUGCUGGAAUGACUCUGGCAGACAAACAGGACCUGUUCUUCCAGGAUUAUGACCUCACCCCUCUGUUUGUCCAUGAAAACUACCUGUCAACAACUCCCCAGGCUGCACAAGGUAAUAUGAAGAAGCACCUACGACUGAUUAGCCAGGCUGUUGACAGCAUGUGUGACGGUGACAUGGUGUCAAAGGUCAUCAGAGGUCAACAGAGGUGGAGCCUGCUCACAAGUCAGUCCAUCUUCUCUAGUGUUAUCCCUGGUGAUUUAAUGAGGGGUUCUCUCCCUCAGAUGGUCUCAUUUCCAAGCUGGUUGGGUAAAAACUCCAGCAAAAAUAAAGUGGACAGAAUUCUACAGGAGUUGAGGACUCACAUGUGUCUCAAGGUUUCUGCCAACAAGGAGGGUCUGGCCAUGGACUAUCUCCCCCACCUGCGGUCCUCCCUCACCCAGCCCCUGGUACAAGGAGACGCGGACGGUGUCCCCGAUGUCAUCCAUAUGAUGGACGAGUACAGUCUACUGAGAGAAGACUUUGAUAACAUUCUGGAGGUGACGCAGUGGAGUGGACGGAAGGACCCCAUGGCCUCUGUCCCUUCCAAGGUGAAGUCUGCCUUCACCCGAGCCUACAAUAAGGAAGCCCACAUGACGCCCUACGCUGUGUCUAACAUGGGGAAGAAGGGCAAGAAGAGUGUGAGCAGUGCGGAGGAUUACCCCGGGCUGGGGGAGGAGGAAGAUGGAGAGAUCGGAGGUGGAGGAGGAGGAGAGGAUGAGGAAGAGGAGGAGGAAGUGACUGCUGAUGCAAUGAUUAAGGUUAAAAAGCCACCUGCGGCUAAAGGCAAAGGAAAGGGAGAGGGCAAAGGUCAAGGAAAGGGCAAAGGUCGUGGAAAGAAGUCAUAAAAACCAGUGUCAAAGUAAUUAACAAAUGAGUUAUGUAUAUAGAUAUAUACAAUGAUUGACGCCUCAAAAAAUUGGUUUAAAAAUUCAAGGAAGAAGCGACAAACAAUUUUGAUAGUUUAUGGAUGGUAAAUACUAAAGGAGGACAACCUCCUGCGAGAUUCAGUAGGAAGAAUCAACGAAAACAACGAGUAUUAAUGAUACUUGAUCACGUUUUGCUGGCGUCCUUGCAUACUUAAAAACAACUGAUGUUUCCUACAAAUUUAUAAGACAUGCGACGUUGUAGAAAAUAGAGAUGGAAAUAUCCUUUUUUUUUUUUUUUGGGGGGGGGGGGGGCCGCUGUGCCCCCUCCCCUCUAACUCUUUCCUGGAUCGCCAUAGAUGUUCACGUUAAUUGUAAUACCAGUUGAAAGCAUUGGAGUUACAGGAGCAAGGCCAGGAUAAUAAUAAUACGGACUUUUGCGGUGAUUUGUUGAGAUGGAUAUUGAUUUUCUGUCGGGGUUAAGUGACACUGGAGAGAUUGGACGUUUAAUGCUAUAAAACGGACAUCUGUGGCCAAUAAAACAGCUAUGGCCAAUGCAUUGCCUUAUACCAGUGUUGUAAUAGACAUGGAGACAUGCAAAAGCAACUGCUAACCAUAUGAAUUGUACGGCAGAGGGUUUUCUUGUUGAAAUAUCAAGAUAUAUGCAAUUAACAAUAUUAUUCGAAAAUGUUACCAAGAGAGAAUAAAAAUAUGUACUAUA